UUUAUAUUAUUAAUUAAAUCUUGAUAAAAUAUAGUACGACUAUUCUAACGGCUGGGAAUCAUCGGACAAAAAGUAAAAUACUUUGGCCUCGCCCUAGUACCUGAAUCCAUGCAUCAGGAGCCAAUUUUGACAGAAGACGCCCUGAUCUUCCUGAAUACACGCAAUCGAUUUUUAUUCGGUGUCAACAGAAGAAAAGAUCAAAGAAGCCUGUUAUUAACAUUAUAUGCCCUCUUUGAUCCCGUCCUUUAACUAAACCCCUGCCCCGGGGUAUUGAAAUUUUCAUAGAGGGUCUCCUACUCUGCAUGUGUGGAAACCACCUGCCCCUAUGGCCCCAGAAGUGAAGCUCCGAAGAAGCUUCAUACCAAAUUACUUAGUUUUUAAGAAGAAUUUAAUUGUCAACCCACAGGGGACGACGGACGGGGACCUAUUGCAAUGCCCCACGUUAGCUGUACACUAUAUGACUUUUCAUUUCAUUCAGGUAUAAAAUAUCAAAGAAUGUCAUGAUUAUAAAUUUUUAAAAAAUAACAAAUUGAAACCUGGCAUAAUCUAGCUAUAAACUAGCUAUAAAUACGGUAAUUUUAAUUAGAUUGAAGCUCGAAUCUCUUGGAUUGCAGGGCCGUAAAUUAACCUUCAAUUUGGAGGAGGCAGGAAAUUAGGCGGGGGUCUGGGGGCCGCCCAGGCCCCCAGCACAUUUUGUGCACACUGAACACGUUUCGUGCAAAAUCCUUGAUUCUAGGGCCUUCUAAGAUGUUACUUGACUAACUCAUUCUAAAAGAAAGAUUUGGAAUGCUUUUUAAGGGAGGUAUCAUGUUCUUAGUUAUUGGAAACAACAUAAAUUCUAAUGAACUUUAAAUUUUAAUUUUUUUUUGGCUCAAAAGUUGGAGGAGGCAGCUGCCUCCUCUGCCUCCAUGUAAUUUACGGCCCUGGGAUUGAUUUUGAUCAGAGACUUGCAUUAAUAUAAUUAGUUCGAUAUUUUUGAAAAGGUAUUCAUGCAAAGCCCCGAUUCCUUUCUUCCCCAAUAUUUAGCGAAGCGGCUAGAAUUGACAUAUAUGUUCUGGAUAUGUUUGUUUAUAUAUAUACAUAGAUUUUUUUUUUCAACAGAAUUAUGUUGAAAAUAUCACAAUGUGUUAAUUGGUACAUAACUUCUGUUAUUCACUGUGUACACUAUAAAUAAAGUACGCGAAGCUAAUCAUUGCUUAAGAUCUGGCUUUUCGAUUGACCUCCCCAUAUUUCCUUAAAUAUUCAGUGUGUAAACUAAGAGAAUUUUGUCAUUCUUGGUCAUCAAUCAACUCAAAUUAUAAUUUUUGAAAUUUUAUAUUAAUGGUAAGAUUAUUCUUAUUGCAAUUAAACGAAACUAUAUUGUUGAUUUACAAGGUUUGCAAGAGAAAAUUAUACGAACGAGGGCGUUAAAUGGAACGGAGAACUCAUCGGCAAAUCGCACGUUUUUAAUGUUACAGAUAAACUAAUAUUUUCAUUAGAAUUUUCUGUAUUUAUUGGGAUUCUUUACAUCGGUUUUCUUGUAAAUAGGUAGGUAAGAUGUUUUUCAAUACCUGUACUAAUUUUGGAAAUGUUCACUGCUGACUGAACGAAUGUAUUUUGGCUCUGAAAUUAAACCCUUUGUUACAAUCAUCGGUCACGGAGUCCGCUUUACAUGACGAGUGCUUGCGUAGAUUUUAUACCCACUUUGUAACUUUUCAUAGUGAAAAUACUUAAUCGGUUUUGGCCACACCGUAUUAAUUGUCGUAUUAAUUUACUGUGUUGUGCCAAUGAAAUAUUUUCUUGUAAUGAUGCCAUAAUUUCUACAACGUUGAUGAAAAUCGAUAGAGACACCGAUCAAGUUAUCUACUCGUUUGAUCUUUUGACAGCCAAGAAUGUCUUCAGAUCGGGGAAGUGGAAGGGGUAGGGGUAGACGAUCCCGUGGGGGUCAGAAUAAUGAAGGAACUCACAGCUCAGGCCCCGAUAGCCCCGCAGAAGCGAAUGGACCCAGUACUUCAGUGGUGCCGGAACCCCCCGUCCCCAAGUCCUCGUCGAAAGCUUUCAAACCCACAGGAACUAGUCUGAAAAGGAUUCAAAAAGAAUUGGCAGAAAUCACAAUAGACCCACCUCCCAACUGCAGUGCUGGUCCAAAGGGAGACAAUAUGUAUGAGUGGGUUUCCACCAUUCUUGGCCCCCCAGGGUCGGUGUAUGAGGGAGGCGUCUUCUUCCUUGACAUUCAUUUCUCAGCAGAUUAUCCAUUUAAGCCACCAAAGGUGACAUUUCGAACACGAAUUUACCACUGCAAUAUCAACAGUCAGGGAGUGAUUUGUUUGGAUAUUCUAAAGGACAAUUGGAGUCCUGCUUUGACUAUCUCCAAAGUGUUGUUGUCAAUUUGUUCUCUUCUUACAGACUGUAACCCUGCCGAUCCACUAGUCGGGAGUAUUGCUACACAGUACACACAAAAUAGAACUGAACACGAUCGAGUGGCUCGACAGUGGACAAAGCGCUUUGCUACGGGACUUUAAAUGUAUUUGAUGGUUAAUUUAUCAUUUCAGACUGUCACAAGUACUUCACAUGUGUAACCUAUUGGUUGAUGUUGCAAAUGUGCUGUCUUUUAUAGUUUGUACUUCAUAGAGUUUUAAAUUCUCUAAAGAAAUUUUAUUUGAAAAAAGCAAGGGAAAAUCUAUUGCCAGCACAUGCUUGAUUAAAAAUGAGACAGAUUUGUUUUUAAUCUACAGUAUUUUCAUCGUUGGACAUUGAAUUAACAACAGAAUUACCAUUUUAAAUGGUGCAUUUAUUUAAAGUCUCGCUAUUCAUUUAUUUAGAGUUACGUUUUGUUUUUAUAAUAUUUUAUUACUAGUUCCAGUUGGACUAUUUUUUUUUUUCAGAUACAGUUUACAAUGGCAAAUUGUGCUAUUAUUCCAGUUAAGAGAGUUAGAAAACUUUUAUAUGUAAUAUUGAUUAUGACUGUUUUCAAAAGGAAAAGAGAAACUAAUAGGACAUGAAAAGUUGUCCUAAGAUGGGUAUUGAUAGAGACAGAAUGCAAGCUAUUUAUCCGUCAGAAUGCUUGAAGCAUAAUAUCUAUAUCAUCUUCAUGAUGAGCUGCCAUUGAUAUGUGUGCAAUGUGCAUGCAUACUUCCAUUGUGUGUUGAAAUUGUCCAUCAAUGGUUUAGUGAGACUGUUAUGAGGUAAAACAGCAAAUAGUGAAAAUGAUACCGGUAGCAACCUUUCAUGCUCUUGUGUGUAAAUUACAAAGUUUGGAAUUUUUGUGAAAGAUUUUUUUCCUGGUCUAGUGCUUACUUAAUGGUUGUCAAUUGAAAUGAACUGUGUACUUUGUGUAUGUGAUAUACACGUGUGGAUCAAAGUAAAUUGUUUUGAAAUGUAUAAACAUGGCAAGAAAAAAGUGUAUAUUUAUUUUUCUGAAUAACUUGUUGCAGGUAAUUGUAAUUAGAAUUUAUGAUCUGAGUGUAUCACUGCAAUACGAAGUUUCUCAUUUCGGAUCAAAACAGGGUCAAAAUUUAUUAUGUAUAACUAAAAUUCUACCUAAAGAUGGCUUAUAGAUACAAAAUGUAGCUCUUUCAAGUAUGCAGGUACAUCAAUUAAUGUGAGAGUAUGGAUAUUCAGUGAGUUUUGAUGUGUACAAAUGGUUACGCCAAAUGAAUGUGUAUGAAGUGUUGCAUGUUUAUGUGAAUAAAAUGGUAAAAUUCA